UGCCGUAUACAUGUAGGAAGGUUUGAGAAAACGCCAGACGUCACUGACCAAUUGCAGAAAACCAAGUUCCAGUAUCGGCGAACUGAGACCUGUUACCUCAGGGAUUUGUGGCAAAAAGUGCAAAUUACAAGAAAUUACCGCUAUCAAGGGUCUGCAUACAAAAUAUGCAUGGACUCGAUGGGACUGUAGCUACGCGACCAAAUCACGUCCAAGUUUGCUGGUUCGGAGGUGACACCCCGUGUCCCUGUCCUUAACGAAGUGGUCUGCAAAGUUUACUUUAGAAAAAGGCAAAUUCGUCAUGGACAUGAAUGAUGUUUGGUUCCGGGUCAAGGGGACCUUGAAGACCAUCCUGUCGAUCAUCCUCCUGGCAGCCGCCAUGCCCAUCUUAAAGAUCAUCUUCGUGGCAUCGCCCACCUUCAGACGAGACAUGGCGGCCUGGACGGAAAAGAUCUUCCAAGGUUCGCCCAUCCAGAUUGAUGAUCCGUCGCUAGGUGUCUCCUGGGCGAUGAUCAAACACAUCCUCUUCUCCAUCCGGUUCCUCACCUUCUGCUGCGUACAUCCGGGACAGAAAGCACAUAACUCUCGUCUGCUACUCUUGGACGGAAAAACGGAAACGAGGCUCUUUGACUACAUGAAAAAAAACCGUCCCCUGGUUGUGAACUUUGGAAGUUGCACCUCACCCGCUUGGGUUGCAAAACUAGGAGACUUCAGACAACUUGUGAAAGAUUUCACAGACGUCGCGACGUUUGUGACUGUUUAUAUCAAGGAAGCACAUCCCACAGACGGUUGGAAGAUCAAUUCAAACAAUUACAAGGUUGCCUCUCACCAAUGCAUCCAGGAGAGGGUGAAGGCCGCAAAACACCUGGAGGCAUUCCGUCUUCCCUGCCCAGUGGUCGUCGAUCUUAUGGACAACAACGGCACGUACGCUUACGCGGCCGCGUCUGAGCGUCUCUACAUCAUACAGAACGAAUAUUGCCUCUUUAAAGGCGGCAUUGGGCCGGAGGAUUACAGAGUGGACGAUGUCAGAGAGUGGUUAAAAUAUUGUGCAAGGCAUAAAACAAAAGUAUAAUUUGGUGAUCCAAACAAGUUGGCUGUCCUUUUCCUGAUACACACCGUGAUAAUUCGAUAAACUGACAUGUCCUUCUCUCGGCAGUCACGGUGCGUUGAAUCAACGGGGCGAUCAGCGCACCAUCUACUAGCAUGAGAAUACCUGUCAUUGCUAUUCCUGCCGAAGCCGGAUAAUGGCGUUAUUCAUCAAGGAUUUACAUGUACAUGUACCUAUUUAUUGCCACUUUAUUAUCACUUCCUAGGAGGACACGUCAAAAGAAUCGGGGAGGCCUGCAUCAUUGCCUGACUGAUUCUUUGCUAGCUGGCCGGACAAUUGAUUGGAUCUCCACUCCAAGGUGUGCAUAAUACAGCAACUUGAAUAAAAACUGAAUCGUUCGGUUGCGUUGUGUUUCAUUCUCAUUUUGUAACAGUCAGUCGGCCACCACUGCCCCGCUUUCGCCCAUUCUCUCGGCAAGAUGGCGACUACCUCUCUCAACAAUUGUGGACAAUAUUUAUUUUAUCCUAUGUUUAUUAAAGGGGCAAGUUGGGCAUUGAGAUAUGUUCUUUUUUAUACCGAAAUGGUGUCCUGCAGUUACUUGUUCUCAAAAUAGGAUCAUUGACUAAAACUAGUCUACCGGUAACCACUAUAAACAGUGCACUUGGACAGAAUGUAACUGCUAAUCCUUUUUUUAGAUAUCGGCUUUAAUUUGCUGCUAGUGGCGGCGCAUGGCGGUAUGGAGAGUUAUUAUCUUUCUGACCACAUAAAUCCAAACUGGCCCUUUAAAAUUGUCUUUUGUCGUAUGAUUGUAUUAAAAUUUUGUUUUAAAUUAUUCAAAAAGUUAUAUAUAUUUCAUUGUUCGUUAUUAAAUGUAGUUCUGUUGUGCA